CUCCUCCUCGUUUUCCUAUCCGUUGCUCGAACUUAAAAACAACCGGCGGGCUGUCCCUCUCCUGAACUAACUGAUAAUUAACGUUGUCAUCAUCAUGAUCUCUACUACUUAGUACUUCUAUUAUCUGAACCAAAAGUUAACUACCAUUUCUCUACUCUAUUGCUACCAGACUUUCAUUUACGCAGGACAUAUUAAACGCAGGAUAGUUAUUUGAGAGAGCUAUCAGGGCAUCUAAAUGAUGACACUGUCUGGAUUAACUGGUUGCCCCUUGAGAUAUAAGCUUCAGAUACCUGCCCGCAGUCCAGUGCAUCGAGAACGAGCUUCAUUGUCUUCCCCUGUUCAAUCUGUGGAAUUUUUCUGUAAGCAAAGAGGUAGUAGUAACUGGGCUACUUCCACACAGAGAUGUGGGCUACAAAGAAUUCCUUUAGUGAGGUGUACAAUGGAUGCUUCAUCCUAUGGUGAUGCAGCCAAUGGUUCUAGUGCUAUCUUUCCCAGAAUCAAUGUUAGGGAUCCAUACAAACUACUUGGAAUCAGUAGGGAAGCUUCUGCAGAUGAAAUUCAAAGUGCAAGGAUCUUCCUAAUACAGAGAUAUGGUGACCAUAAGCCAAGUGUGGAUGCAAUUGAAUCAGCCCAUAACAAGAUAAUUAUGCAAAAGUUUAAUGAAAGGAAGAACCCAAAACUCAACAUUAAGAAAAAGUUUAGGGAGAUAACUCAAUCUCGGUAUGUGCAGGCUGUGACAAGCAGGUUCCGAACUCCUCCCACAAGUCUCAUCAUUAAGACUUCAAUCACAUUUGUACUUCUUGGAGUUCUUACGGUGCUCUUUCCUACCGAAGAAGGUCCGACAGUUCAGGUUGCUCUUUCCCUAAUCAUUACCAUGUAUCUCAUAUAUGAUCGGCUGAAGAGCAAACUUUGGGCUUUUGCUUAUGGGGCUGGAACUUUUGUUCUCUCCUGGUUUGUGGGGACAUUCUUGAUGGUUUCUGUGAUCCCACCUAUAUUCAAAGGACUAAGAAGUUUGGAAGUGACGACUUCAUUGAUAAGCUAUGUCUUCCUAUGGAUUGCUUCUACUUACCUUAGAUAGCGCUGACUUUGAAACAACUUCACAAUUUUGUCAGGGAAAAAGUAUCUUAGUUUUUUAUGUGAUUCUUUGGUUUGGAUUUUAAAAUAUACUAGUUCCAUUUAGUGAAUGAGUAGAGAAUGGAAAAUUUCUUGCUUGUUGAAUUCUGAAACACUUGUAAUUCUUCACUUACCACCACUUCUUGAUUGAUGAGCGCCAAGCAGUUAUGAGAUCAUUUCUGCUGUUGAAAUUCUUGAUCCCGUAACAAUGCAGUCAAUGGUUUAGAUUUAUCAAGAAAUUGGAUUGAUGCAGCUUAA